GGUUAUGGAUAUAUCACUCCACAAACACAGACAGGCAAGAUUUUGUGCAUCUUUGUGUCUUUACCAGGAAUUCCCAUUACAAUGCUGGCUUUAAAAUCAAUAGGUGAAGUCAUAGCCUACUACGUAAAUGCCUUCGUCACAAAGUUCGAGAAGAAAAUCCUGAAGAGAGCUGACCCAAAACAAGUACAAACCAAGAGUGCUAGUAUUUUGUUCUUGUUGAUGGUGGUGUUAAUUGUGAUAAACGGUUUGUUUAUGAAACCCUUAACAGAAUGGGGCCUCCUUGAGGGAAUAUAUUUUUGGUUUAUAACGUUAACAACUACUGGUUUUGGUGAUUACGUUCCUUACAAAUCGCAAAGGGUAAAAGAGAUAACGGGAAGUAACUUAAGUGAUUUUCACAACCAAACAAAAACAGGUAACGCACGGGAAGUCCCUGCCGUCAUUUUCUCUGCAAUAUUCUUUACAUUUUACCUUAUUUUCGGUUUAUGCGUUGUCUCCAGCGUACUUAAUGCCAUUAUGGCCGCCCUUGAAAAACAAAAAUGCUGUCUUCGAUGUCGUUGUAUUCCUCGAAAAACGCAGGCGCAAGACGUUUGCAGUGAAGAAAGUAACACACAAGAGCGUCGUGAAACCAAUAUAGCUAUCUUGAGCUUGGAAAGUUUUGGAUUCCGGACGGACAAUGCUGCAGCGCUAGAAAAUUAAAGAGCGCGGCACUUUUCGACUUGUUGGUGCGACGCUUAUUAACUGAUUGACUGAUUGAUUGAUUGAUGGAUGGAUGGAUGGAUGGAUGGAUUGAUUGAUUGAUUGAUUGAUUGAUUGAUUGAUUGAUUGAUUGAUUGAUUUAUUAAGGCUAUGCUCACACUAUACCGGAUACCUUUUGCGCCUGCGCGAAAACCAGACCGGAUAUGGCUUCUGUUCACACAUGAGAACGGUGAGUUUGGCGCGAUUUCUGCAACGGAGCGAGCAUGCGCCGAGCCGAUCUCUGAAGUGGAGAGUCGCAUAUCAGAUAGGUGUUCAUACUAUACUGGAUACUAAACUGGAUAACUAAAAAAUGGCGUAACAUUUCUCACGUUUGUCGAAGACGAAAUAGCCGACCUACUACCUAAAAACAUAGUAAGAACAGCAAGAACAACUCGACAGAUGACAUGUGCUACUUGGCGAACUGAUAUGCAGAACUUAACAUCCCUUUAUAUAGACAUAAGAGUUAAUUUUUACGUAGUACGAUCAGCAUUGCAGUAUUCUGCUUGCAGAAUUUAAUAUUUCUACUUUUCAUUUUUGCUGAUCAGGUCUUUAUAGAUCCUACGUUCUUCGGCACAUUAUGGUUAAUGUUUGUAUCCCUUUAUAUCCUUAACUUUCCGAGAAACAGGCGAGUGAAGACAGAAAAUUAACAUCAAUAGAGGUAUUAAGCAUGUCACGGUUUCCGCUUGAUUUUUAAACCAGGAAUUAUUUGGAUGAAUGUUAAAAUAAUAGACCUUAUUCACGACACCCGCCAUCUUUGCACGCUCUUAAGGACUGAUGGGAUAAAAGUGAUGUCACGUGGUUUCUCAGAGGGCAAACAUGUUAUAAAAUUUGUUUUAUUUAUUCUAGACAACAGAAAAUGAAAACCUUUUUAUCUUCUUAAAAGACGACAAUGACAAAUUAAAGGUGAAAGUGAUCACUGUUAUUUUUUAGGAUGCAGUAGCGACCGUAUAUGUCCUAACAGGGAGCAACAAUGACAUAAAAAUCUUCGAAACUCAACCUGUUCUCUUUGUGCAUGACUAUAUUAAAUCACCGUCUUGUUUCGAUAGAAUAAACAAACAUGACCGUGAUUACCCUUACUGGCAAAUUUUGUCACUUCUUUACCCCUCGAAAUACCACGUGACAUUGCUUUUAUCCCAUCAAUCCUAAAGCGCGAACAAAAAUGUUGGGUGUCGUGAAUAAGGUCUCUUAUUGGAUUCGGCUUUCGUAUGAUCUAAGUAAUUAUGCAGAUCUCGGAGGAUAUUAUCCCCCUCGGAUACCUCGGUCUGCAUAAUUCUUCAGAUCAUACUUCCCCUCAUCCAAUAAUUGCUGAUUAACAUGACCGUAUUGGAUCGUUAAUUAGAGAGUGGACCAGUCAUCGACGUCAAAAUUCAACGAAAGGAAAACAGCGAUUGCUGUUUUCACUAACUUCGAAAUCAAUUUCAUUUAUGGACGAUGUUUAAUUGAUCUGUUAACGAUAAAUAAUUCACGUAGAAAAGGCAAAGUAAACAAAAUAUACACAGAGUUAUAACAGAGUAAAUGAAAAUACGUUAGAUAAAUUAAUGUAAUGCCCUGGCUUAAUUCCAGGUUUCAAUUUUGGCCUAUUAAUAACCUAGCUGGUUUGCUAGGGGUAUGAUAAGAGUGACUGAAAAUGUAAACCAAACCUAGCGCAAAUGACCAAAUGUCAUAUGCUUUAUAUAAUUCCCUAUAAGAAAACAUGACAUUUCAAUUUUAUAACUAUACUUGGAAAUCUCAUUAAAAUGGAAAAUUUUUACUGCUGGGUGUCCAGGAGAAUUGCUUAAAAAUUAAUAAACUUAAUAUGUAGUAGACUCGUUUUAUCUCAUGUGGAAACUCACCUGCAAUUUUGUUUUCAACUAAAAUGAAUUAAACGGUGACUGAAUGUACAUGAAGAAAAGACAGUGUACCUAAGGGAGAAAUGAACUUUUAAUUAAAAUGUUAAUUAUAAACACAACAAAAUAAACUCUUUGAUCUUGAACAAAGGAUCUUAGCAAGCAUUUCAAAUGAUCCAUAAAGAAGUCUCCAUCGAUGCAUGUGCAGUGUUUGAAGGAUGGAUCGGUUCCUUAAAGCAGCACUUCUUCGGCUUCUAGUUUUUUUCGUAUUUAUCUCGGUUUGCUCUUGGCUAUUUGCGCUGCUGGAAUACAGAGAGCAGGACGAUGUCUUAGCAAAAUACCAUUUGCUGAACUCUUUAUUCCAGUCUAUGGCAUCGAAGUAUAAUAUGACAGUCGACGAGUUUAAUAACUUUACAAACAUGGCAUAUCAGGCUCUGAGUGAACCAAAACCACAAUGGACUUAUUUUGCAGCUAUGGAGUUCGUGUUCCAAGCUGUAACGACAAUCGGUAAGAAAACAACUUAAUACAACUAUGAAUCAAAGAUGGGCAAAGUUUAUUAGCAUGAGACGAAGAUAACUGAUAAAAAUAUUUCCUCUGGGUAUUUAAUUUACCUGACGAGAAAUCAACCGCACGAAUCAGUCGGAUCUGUCGCGCAGUUUUUCAUGUGUACAUAGAAUAGAGGCAAUGUAUGAAAAGUGGCGCUCAAGCGUCAAAGUUGAGCGAGGUUCAACUUUUACUUUUGCGCGCAACCGUUUAUACAUUGGGGAGAUUUAGAAUCACGUUUACGGCAAACGACAAACGUCAGAUUUAAGUUUCGAAUCUUUCAAAAGAGACACCGAGAAGUUAAAAACAGUCCCAAACAAUUCUUAUGGACAAAACUGGCAUGAAACUACUAAUUUUUUUUGUAGACGUGAUGAACAGUAAAAGAAAAGGAAAGGAAAAACUUAGUCACGUGGUACAAAUUCGCUUUUGGCCUUUUGACGUAAACGUGACUCAAAAUCUCUUAUUAUUGACGCAAAAAAGCGGCGAAAGAGAACGCCGAGAAUUGAAAACAUAAUAAUAAUAAUAAUAAGUAGCGUAAAGUCAUACAGAAGAGGACUGAAACUUCUCAUCAAGAUGCUGAUCGAGGAUAUGAUCAUACAGUUACCAAGCAAAAACCUUUUUGGUUAAUUUAGAAACAAAUUUUAACUUAGAGAUUGGACGAGAAAUUUGAAAUUCUUCAUGAUUGGCAUGCUUGUUGUCACAUGAUUACCUUCAUCUGUGAUGUUAUGUGGAUGGAGCAUUCAGGGAUCGUUCGCGUUCAGUCGCUGAUAGAUGUUUUGUUUUAUUAUUUGGCUUCUAGUUUAAAUGAUAAUAAAAAAACGGAAAAAAAUCAUUACAGUCACCUAUUAACAUCAAAACACACAGCUCACCAAAGGAACGAAGUAUUGAACAUAAAUACUAAUCCAUUACUAACAAUGAAAGCACAAGAGCUGGACCGGGUAAAAGAGAAUUAACAAUAAUUUGACAGAAAUCACAAAGGAACAACUUUAAAUUCGUUAAAGAUCAGUGAAAUAUCUCUUACAAUUCUCUCAUACAUUCAUGUUCUUUGUCGGUGAGCUCAUUUGGUAGAAAAAAAGCACUUUUCUAGGUAUAAUCAUCCUCAUAUUCUUUGCAUGUGCACUAAGGCAUUGUAGAGUGAUGACAGGCCACUAUGUGACAUUGAAAUAUCAGGCAAAACUCAGAACUAUCGCCGGAAAAGUGUUUGCAACUUUAAAGUGACUCGAUUCUACUGAAUUUUGCUUUGCAAACAACAUAGUUGGACUUCAGGCCCUUAAUCCUUUGAGAUAAUUAACAAUUAUUCCUCGAGCCCGAAUGGACUCUGAGUCAAUAGCCCAUGAGGCCGAAGGCCGAAUGGGCUAUUGACGCAGAGGCUAUGAGGGCAAGAGGAAUAAUUGUUUUAGUAAAAUCCAACUAGUUGGUCAAAAAUAUCGAGAAAAAAAAAUUUAGCUAGUUAAAGCUAGACUUAAAUCCUUUUUUGCCGCCAAAAAGCGCGCGCUUUUCGCUACUAGUAGGUUAUAACAUAUAGCCAAUCAGAACGCAGCAUUGAUAAUAGACCACUUGUGAAAUCUCUUAAAUGGUAUUUGUUUGUCUAAUCCUUACGGGUGAGAUGUUGAGCAAUUUCGGGCCGUCGCAGUGGCAGAACUGUAGUGGUUGAUCUAAUGUCCCUGAAGGACUAAAAUGUUUAAUUUUGGCUGGAUACUUUGUAGAAGCCCCCUCCCCUCUAUUUCAAUUUCUGGAUCCAUUAUUCGGUACUGAUUAGAGCCACGCUGUGCAGGGGCGUAGCUAGGAGGGGUCCUGGGGUGCCCGUGACCCCCCUUGGUAGGCCUUCUUUUGAUAAAACAACCUACAAUAUUCGGGUGGCGAAAACGCCAUGACAAUAUCUUGGCCGUAAAAGCCAUUGUUGAAAACACCACUUUUUUAAAAUUUGUUUUUUUUGUAAAGUAUUUUAGUCAGCGGCUCUUGUCGUUGGUUAAUAUGGGCCUUCAUGCCGCGGUAAUACAACCGAGCCCGCUGAUACACGAAGGAGAGCAGCGGUAUAAACCAUAUAUAGUCGGCGAUCCCCGGAUGGUGUCCCUGCUGUGACCCCCCCUUUGAAAAAUCCUGGCUACGCACCUGCUGUGGAUGGAUCAUUUGCACGCAAGCUGCCCUAAGGCCUGGACUCCUGGACCGUGUUGUUCAAAGAUGAAUUAGGAUAACCCAGAGCAGGAGAGAAUGAGCUACAACCUUGGACAGAAAGUGUUAAUAAUUUUGCACUUUCUUACCCACAGAACGCUUAUUCCGCGGAUUUGUUGCUGCUAUGGCCCCUCCCCUCGCCCCACCCUGGUCAGGUUGUUUAGUCGGGAUCAGAAAUGAUCGAACCGGACUUAAACAUUGUUUUUUGGGGGCAAAACGAGUAUUUGUAGUUGUCAGUACUUUCAACAGCUAGACAUGGUAACGUCCAUUUUCUCAACAUUUUUGUCCAAGAUUGUAGCUUUUGCCCACGGUUAGUGCAAAAUGUGCCAGAAGUCAGAUAUGAAAUCUUAAAAAGCCAAUUUUUGUUUAAUUCUUUUUACUUACUAUUUGAUGAUCGAAUACUUUAAAAAGAAUUGGAAAAAUUAUUCUCCAAAAUUCUUUCGAAGAAAACUGGGCCCUGGAAUUCAGGCGGUUGAAACAGACAACCUUUUUAAGUCUUCUUAACUUAAUGUUUCUUUUAUUUUCCUAUUUCACCAGUCUUACGAAGCACAAAUUUUGUCAUUUUUGUCUCGUGUAUUUUUAGGCUAUGGAUACAUAACUCCUCAAACAAGUGAUGGUCAGCUAUUGUGCAUUUUGGUCUGUUUAAUGGGGAUUCCUUUAUCAUUACUCACGUUAAAGUCUGUAGGUCAACUUGUGGCCCAUAGGAUCAGAACAGUGGUAGCCACGUUUGAAAGGAAAGUUCUCAACAGACAAGAUGUAAAACAUGUGAAGACGAAAAGUGCUGUAAUCUUGUUCUUAAUUAUGGUAUCCUCGAUAAUUGUAUAUGGUAGGCUACUCAUGCGAUCUCAGAACUGGACCUUUGUCCAAGGUGUUUACUUUUGUUUUGUAUCGUUCAGCACAAUUGGAUUUGGCGACUUUUUUGUAUCGGCUAAUCAACCAAUACCGUUGAAACAAUUAGUUGUAAAAAGUCCUAAUGCAAGCAAGAUUUACUUAGUUAACAGUUCUAAGGGAGAAGCUCUCAAAGGAGCUCGCUGCUUAUUAUUUGGACUGCUUGCCAUGUUAGCUUUGUGCAUCGUUUCAGGCGUCUUAAACUCUGUGAUGGCAGCCAUCGAGGAA